CAUGUUUCUCAUCGGAAUGAGGGACACAUGGAAUCUAAACAGCCACGUAGAACCAAGGAGGAGAACGUAUCCUAAGAUAACUGAUGAGUUCUUGCCAAUGUUCCAUUUUCAUCAGGACUUUCUGCCACCAAAGCUUUUCUGAAAGGAUGUUUGUGAAGAAGUGAAUACGUUUACAGGCCUCAUUUCCCUUCCAUGGGCGCUACUGUGGCGUCACCUCACCCCAAAAAAUGGAAAACGGCAAAGCGGAAAUCUCCACCAUGGAAAGCAGUCCCCAUCAGCUGAGUUCCCUGCAACAAUCCAAAGAUAGUAGUUCUGAUCCGGUUGGAAGUGUCAUUGAAUCAAAUUCAAAAACAGUGGAGGACGCAUCUAAUGGUCCUGUGAAGGCAGACAAGGUGCCAAAUGGAGAAGGACUGGUGGAGGGCCCGGGAGCUGGAGGGGACCGGCAGCCAAACGGCCCCCUGCUUCCACCACCCCCUCCCCAGACCAAAGAGCCAUCUCCAGGUGUGCCUAGUUUCCCUGACAGCCUAGAGAAGUCUCAGGGAGCUAUUGCUGAGGGCUCUGUGAACAAGGGUGACGCAUUGCAGUCGCUCAAACUAAGUAUACCUAUGCAGGAGACGGAAUUGUCUUCCCUAGAGCCAUCCCUUGAGAUGGAGAACGAGGAGAAGAUCAGGCGAGAGGCUCGGCGACGUCUGGAGGAACAGCUCAAACAGUACCGGGUACAGAGGCAGAAGGAGAGGUCACAUCGCUCUACUCCAAGAAGUCGCCCGAUGAGCACUCUGGACCCUGAGCUGAUGCUUCACCCUGAGGGUCUACCAAGGGCUAGCACGGUCUCCAUGACGAAGGAGUACUCCUUCCUGAGGACGAGCGUCCCGCGGGGGCCCAAAGUGGGCAGCCUGGGCUACCCGCCGGCCAAGGAGCGCAAGUCCAAGUCCUCCCGCACCAAGAUCCACUCCCUGGCCGACUACAAGACCCCCGAGGCGGAGGGAGGCGGCGGUGGCAGCGGUGCGGAGGUGACCUCUGGAGGAGGCGGCGGGGGUGGCGGCGGCGUUGGCGUCGACUCCUCCUUCAGCUCGGCGCACUCCGUCACCUCCGUCUCCACACUUUCGGAGGUCAGCGCCUCCCCGGAGGCGGCGGAGCGGCGGCUGGAGUCGCCCACGGUGGCCCUCCGCGACAACGCGUCGGAGGCGGACGCCGGGAGCGAGUCGGGCGCCAGGCACGACGGCAACGACAGCGACAGCUCGUCCUACAGCAGCGUGUCCACCACGGGCACCUUCGCCACGCUGGCGGCGGCGGUGGGGCGCCAGAGGGCGCCGUACACGGUGGAGGGCCAGGAGAUCGCCGCCGAGGCCGUGGGCCAGUUCCCCUCCCUGCACGACGUGCUGCAAGCGGCCACCGAGGAGCAGCAGCUGGCCGACUUGGAGCAGGACGGCAGCAUCGAGCCCCGCAGCAGAAGAGACAGCUUCUCCAGCAGUGUGUCCUUAGGUAGCUCAGUGAUGGGAACACACGAUGAAGUGCUCCAAGUCCUGAAAGAAAAAAUGCGACUAGAAGGGCAACUCGAGUCACUGUCAUCCGAGGCCAAUCAGGCGCUGAAAGAAAAGACCGAGCUCCAGGCCCAGUUGGCCACGGUCAACGCGCAGCUGCAGGCUCAAGUGGAGCAGACCCAGGCCGGCCAGGAGAAGCAGCGCUCCCUGUCCACGGAGGUGACCUCGCUCCGCCAGAACAGCGCCCAGCUGGAGCGCGCCAUGGUGGAGCUGCAGGGCAACCUGGAGAGCAAGAACGCCAGCCUGGCGUCGCUGGGCACCGACCUACAGGUGGCCGAGGAGCAGUACCAGAGGCUCAUGGGCAAAGUGGAGGAGAUGCAGCAGGCACUACUUACCAAGGACAACACUGUGGAAGACCUGCGCCAGCAGAUGGGUGGUGUCCAGAGCCAGCUCCAGCAGGUCCAGCUGGAGCGCAGCGCACUGCAGAGCAAGCUCAAGACCUCGCAGGCCGAGAUCGACUCCCUGCAGCAGCUCCGCCAGUGGUACCACCAGCAGCUGGCCAUAGCCCAGGAGGCCCGGGUCCGCCUGCAGGGCGAGAUGGCCAACAUGCAGGCUGGACAAAUGACCCAGAUUGGCGUGCUGGAGAACCUAAAGAUAGAGAACGUGACACUUUCUCACCAGCUUCAGGAGACCAAGCACCGGUCAAUCAAGGAGAAGGAACGCAUUGCUGUCCAGCUCCAAAGUAUUGAGGUGGACAUGAUGUCUCAAGAGGCUGCCAUUCAGCAGAUCCAGGAUGCCAAGAGCAUGGUGGAGGAGGAUCUCCAGCACAAGCUGGAUGAGUUUGAAUCAGAGCGAGACCAUCUGCUCAAAUUAGCAAACACUGCGACUGCUCUGGAAAGGGAACUAGAGCAGGUGAAACUGACCUUGACCCAGAAGGACUCGCAGCUGGAAACCCUUCAGCAGGAGCAUCUGGAGCUGAUGAGGCAGCUGACCGACACCCAGGAGAGCCUCCACACCAAAGAGCAGUCCCUCAACCAGCUGGAGGCCCGCUACCUGGAGCUGGAGGCCCAGCUGGCCGAGCUGCAGACGGACGCCACCGCCAAGGAGGACACCAUCCAGUUCCUGCAGAACGAGAAGAUCGUGCUGGAGGUGGCCCUCCAGGCCGCGCGGGCGGACAAGAGCCAGAUCGAUGAGGGGGCCGAGAAGCUCGGGGAGGACGUGCUGGUGGCGGCCGACAUGCUGGACCAGCUUAAGCAGGAGGUCCAGGUGAAAACCUCACAGAUCGAGACAUUACAACAGGAAAACAGCACCUUAAAGAAACAAGCCCAGAAACUCAAAGAACAGUUUUCACAACAAAAGGUAAUGGUCGAGGCCUACCGCCGCGACGCCAGCUCCAAAGAACAGCUGAUCAGCGAGCUGAAGAGUACGAAGAAGCGCCUCGCUGCCGAGGUGAAGGACCUCAAGCAGGAGCUGCUGGAGGCCCAGGGGGAGAAGCAGAGCGCCGUGCAGGAGCAGGCUCGCCUGCAGACGGAGAUGGAGCGCGUCCAGAAGCAAAUGGCCAGCCUGGAAGCCCAUCUCCAGUCUGUCCAGGCUGAGAGAGACCAGCUUGACUCGCAUAUACAGAAUCUGCAGUUUGAUCAGAGUCAGUUAGCUGCUGUGACGGAGGAGAGGGAGGAGCUGAGGAAGCGGGUGGAGCAUAUGGAAGCAGAAGCCAAAAAGGCCAUCUCGGAGCAAAAAGUGAAAAUGAAGCGGCUGGGGACUGAUUUGACCAGCGCGCAGAAGGAAGUGAAGGCCAAGCACAAGGCCUACGAGAACGCCGUGGGCAUCCUCAGCCGCAGGCUCCAGGAGGCGCUGGGGGAGAAGGAGACGGCCGAGGCCGAGGUGGUCAAACUCAAAGCUCAGCUCACAGAAGGAGGCAACAACCAGGCGCUGCAGGACAAGGUGGAGAGUUUGAAAGCCGAGCUGAAGGCAGUCGCUCACAGCAAAGCCAUGCUGGAGAAGGAGCUGCAGGAGGUGAUCUCUCUCACCAGCACGGAGCUGGAGGAGUACCAGGAGAAGGUCAUGGAGCUGGAGGACGAGCUUCAGGAAGCUCGGUGCUUCAAGAAGCGAAUCCGGCGGCUGGAGGACGCCAACAAGAAGCUGGCGCUCGAGAUGGAGCAUGAAAAAGGGAAGUUGGCAGGACUGGGCAAGUCCCAUAAUGCUUUGAAGGAGCACGCCAACAUCUUGGAGACGGCGCUGGCCAAGCGGGAAGCAGACCUGGUCCAGCUCAAUCUUCAGGUUCAAGCUGUCCUCAAGCGGAAGGAGGAGGAGGACGAACAGAUGCGGCAGCUGGUCCAAACUCUACAGACGGCACUCGAGAAGGAGAAGAUCAAAGUGAAAACUUUAACAGAGCAGGUGGCUGAGGCCAAGAUGGAGGCUGCCCACAACCGAAGGCACUACAGGGCUGCCAUGCUGGAGCUGGCCGAGAUCAAAAAGGACCUGCAGGCCAAAGAAGAGCUGAUCAAAGCCUUACAGACAGAGGCCCAUAAGCUCAGGACUCACGAUGAGAAGCACGGUCAGGAGGUGUCCCGCUUCCAGGAGGACCUGGCCGAGGCCAACACCCAGCUCCAGAUCCUGCAGCAGCAGCUGGACGAGCAGCUCAGCAAACAGCCUCUCACCAACCAGGAGGUGGAGGAUCUGAAGUGGGAGGUUGAGCAGAGGCAGCGGGAGAUCGAGACCCAGAAGCAGCAGGUAGAAAUGUCGGAGCAGUGCAACCAGAGGGAGAUGGACAGCCUCCAGGACACGCUGCAGAGGAUUAAGGUGGAGCUGGAGAUGGUGCAGGAGGAGCUGACUAGCACCCGAAAGGACAAGUUCAUGCUGCAGGCCAAAGUGGGCGAGCUGCGGAACAGCAUGAAGACGGUUCUGCAGCAGAACCAGCAGUUCAAGCAGGACCUCAAGCAGACGCGCAUGAGAAAGCAACGGAUGGAGCUGAAGGCGGAUUCCAACCCCGUGACCCCUGUGAAGAUCCCCGACUGCCCUGUGCCGGCCUCGCUGCUGGACGAGCUGCUGAAACCCUCGGCCUCCAUCAGCAGGGAGCCCCUCAACAACCUGCACAACUGCUUGCGCCAGCUCAAGGAAGAGAUGGACAGCCUUCAGAAGCAGAUGGAGGAGCACACGGUCACUGUACACGAGUCCAUGACGUCAUUGGCAAGCACCGAAGAGGAGCUCUCUAGGUUGGGUGUCUAUGACAACGGACCUGUCACUGUCAUCGAGGAGGAGGAGGGGGUUUGCGACACAGAGCAGAAGGCCUCACUAUCGUAAUAUGCAAGAGAUCUGCAAAAGACACUGUGCGAAAGCUUUCGGUUUUAUCUACUUAGGCACUUUUUAAAAGCGGGAAAAAUCCCCCCCUCCCCCAUGUUUGUUUUGUAUUUUAAUUUCCUGUCAACUGCCAACAUUUGGCAGUGUCCCAUCAUUACUGACACUUCUUGGGACAAGUCCCAUUUUUAUACCCCAGCUUUACUUUGUCAGGAAAUCUGUUUGAUUGGUAUCUUUUUUGUCAUUAUUUAUUUAUGAUUUUGCUAAACAUUAUCAGAUUAUAUUAAGUGAGCAGAGUAUGUGUGUAUUCUGAAAUUGUCUAUAGCUUAUUAGUUAUUUAAAUCACUUUUUGUUUGGUCAGAGUAUGAUUCUGGCCAUCAUGAUGAAAGAUUUGAGAGAGGGGGGGGGGGGGAUACAUGCAGGAGUUUGAUGGUGUUAUUAACUGAUGCUGUGGGCUCCGGGCCUUGCGGCAGAUGAACUGUUCUUCCAUUCCUCUGUGCCUGUGAAUGAGCAUGCCCACUCAUUCCGUUUCCUGCUCAGCCGAAAUCCGUGUGCCUGCCGGUCUUCAACUGCAAUGGUCACAGCCUCUGCCAUAACUAAGUCUUUUGUGCUACAGUUUGUGCAGAUUCACUUUUUUUGUCAUAGCUCUGAACCUUCCUGUUUGUUUGUUUGUUUGUUUGUUUGUUUGUUUGAAGGUCAACAGGGUGCAGCUCUUUGACCACUUACACUAGUAAACAGUUUAUCACACUCUCAAAAGAAUCACACUGUUUUGGAUACUCAAGUGGGUAAAGGUGUAUUGUUUGGCUUAGACUGUAAUGGGGGACAUGUUCUCAAAGUUGGUAAGAACGUUUCUGUUUAAAUGAAUAUAAUUAAUGUUUCUAUUGAAAGGGUGUUUUGGGAGAUGUAUUAUAUGAUUAUGUUAAAAUGACUGCUGUCAGGAUCUAAUCUAAUGGAUGUGGAUGUAAAAAUAUGAGACAUUUACUGAUGUUGCACAAUUAGAAAACAAGCUUAACUGACUUUCAGGGAGAGAAAGUUGUAAUAUAUGUUAUGCUUAAUGUUACUACUUAUUUCUGAGUGAUUUUUUACUCAGAUAUAUUUUUUUGUUCUUCGUCUGUUGUUACCAUGGUUAUAUUUAAGAAAUUUUUUCACAUGUUAGAGUUGUUAGGCUGUUCAGUUUCUGUUCAAUUUACUGUUAUCAGCUUUAUUGGAAGCAUUUUCCUUUAUCAGGCAAGUACAGGCACCAUUUUCAUAUCUGCUGUUUGCAACAUCCAAAAGUUAUUUACCUGUGUGAUUAAAUGUAAUUUGAAUGUCUAGUUGGCAUCAAAUUUACAGUCCUAACAUGUCCUAAAAAUGUCCUAACAUCAUAUGUAUCGGUAUUUUAAACAUUUGCAUAAUAUCAAGAUGCAAGACUCUGGGGAUUGUAAUCCCAAGUAAUUAGAACGCUUUCAAAAAAUAUAAUUACGGUGCAACGCAUAAGACAAAGGGAAUAAUGCACAUCACAUGUAAUUAAGCAGGGGGGAGUUGAUUCACUUGGCAGUGAUUUCUUUUCAAACUUUAAAGAACUUCUUUGUACAAAAGAAAUGUUUGUGUCCCAAUUCUGCAAAAAAAAAUACAUUUCUAUGAGUAAAGACUGGGAAAACUGUA